AUGAUCCGUCGCAACUCCGACAUCGAGAUCCAGCUCCCGGACGCUGGUCCAACACAUCUUUUACCCGAAUCCGUGGGUGAUCUUGAUAUGGAGAUGCUCUCUGAGGAGCCGGCACUUCCCUUGAGUCUCCCACCACACAUCGCAGCCCGGUUCUACCGUAAAAGCAGCAAAGCCCGCCGUUCCUCCGCCGCCUCAUCUCGACGAAGCUCAGUGUCUUCUUUGCACUCCCAUAAUUCGAACACGUCCUCGAAUGGCUCGCCAAGUGCGGACCAUAUUGCUCAACACCUCCGCCGCACGUCCAUUUUGGAGAGCCGAAAGGCACGACUCGCCGAUCGUGCAUUGCAUGCGGAGAAAGUGAGGCUGCGAGCCGCUCUGGCUAAAGCAGCUACAAGAAAUCUACAAUUCGAAGAGAGAGCGUUAGCUGCCCAGCAGGCCCGGGAGCGUCUGCUCGCUGAUAUCACCGCCAAGUGCGAGGAUCAGGUCAAACGGGCCAAGAAGAAGGCCGAGGAUCAGCGGGAGAAGAAAGCCGCCGAACAAGCUCGCAUGCGUCUGGAAAUGGCGCAGAAGUUUGCGGAGGCAGAGAAACGGCGCACAUUAUACCAGCAAACCCACCGCCGUCAGCGUACUAGCAGCUUGCCAGCCACCGAGGAAAAGAAGAUGUCCCGAGAAGUCACCAAGUCGCUUACACAGGAUGCGGCUGCGCGGAAGAUCCAACGCGUAUGGAGAACCCAUAACGCGAAGAUGGUUAUGCGGCAGUUCCAGUCGUUGAACCUGUCUGUGAACCGAGUUCGCGACAUGACCUUUGAAGAAGUUGGCGCUCUCCUUUCUAAUAAUAAGCUGCUCGAUACUAUGACGAAAGUCCUCCGGCUGUGUGGUCUACAAGAUAUGGAAGGCGGAGCAUUAGGUGAAAGGGGUGCAGUACGCACAUUCCUCAGCAGCUAUCUCAUUGUCACUCACCCGCAAGAGGUUUUGAGCAGCAAUGGAGACCAGGAGCAAGAUCUGAUUUCCAAGGCCCGGGAGCUGCUCUUAGCAUUUGACCAGGUUACGGCGCUGCUAUCGUCAGGCUGUUGCUCUCCAUCUGUGAUCACUGCGGAUCUCCAGACUUUGUGUGAAUCGCACAAUGUGUUUUUCUCUGCUUUCCAUGCUUGGAAGUCCCACGACUCUAGUGUGCUUAUUGAGAUCAUGGUUGCACAGUUUGUCGAAUUGGAGUUGAUUUGGCAGACGGUCAAAAAUGACAAAGCUGGCGGUGCUGCAGAGGACUACAGACUGGGGAUCCGGCAGAACCAGGUCCUUUUGCUCGCCCGUCUGAAGAGACUUGCGGGACCUGACCGACACAUGGAGAUGAUCCGAGAUUCAUUGAAGAAGGCCAAGCGGGAGAAGAAGAAGGCUGCAUCCAAGCAAGCCAUUCCCCGGUCUGCUGAGACUGCUCCUCCAACUACGGAAGUUACGCAGAGUGUCACAUCGCCUCUUAGCGAGUCAUUCAACAACAUCGAUGCCGCGGUGUUCCAAGAGCUGGACAAGCAGCGGACAUCUCCCCAUGAGAGAUUCACCAAAAUCCUCACCCCUCUCCCUGAAAAUCGGGAGCUGGUGCAUGAACUUCUCAUCAACAAAGAGUUCAAGAUCGAAGAAGCACCGUAUACUGAACCGCGCAGACAGAUUAUGAAGCAGAUGUGCGACACAAUGAGAAGAGGGGUGGAAGCCGGACACGGCACCAACUGGACUGUCGCCAUGGCCACUGUGAUCCAAGAUCGCUUGCUGCGUUCACUCCAACGGGGCAAUUCCCUUUACGUGAUAAUUAGUGAAGUUUUAGACCCAAAACUGGUUCAGGGACAGUGCGAGGCUCGCACAUUCUCCUAUGAUAAUUUCUUCGAGUUCAUGAACAAUAUCUUACCACGCCUAUGCGCUCCUUACCGGGACCCUGUGGUCAAGGCAUACAUUGAGGAUACUUCGGGCGAUGCCAUCGACCGGCUGGCUCGAUUGAUGAGCAUCAUUGACCUGCUAUCACUCGACCAGACGAAUUUCAUGAUCCAGCUUGCUGCACCCCAGCUCAUCGAAGAAGCUCCUGGUUAUGAGAAACGGGCAUUCGACCGAGAAGUCACAGACGGGACAAUUAGCCUGGGCAAGACCCGACGGUUUUGGCGCAUUCAUCGCAAGAUCAUCGUUGAUGAGAUGAAGAAGCGAGACCCGGAAGGCGUCCAAGGAGAACCACGCCCACCACCAGCACGAGUCUACGCCCAAGGUCUUGCCGAUGCCGUUCUAAGCAAUGCGAUUGUAUCUGAGGAUCUAGUUCCAGAGACUUUAAGCCUCGAUCGCCAACGGCUUGAGCGGCUGCACGCCAGGGCAUUCCAAAUUGUAGCAACAGCUUCCAUCCUGUUGACAGCAAAGAACCUGCUCAAGCGAGACGCACGGUCUCAAUGGAAACCCGAAGCAGACCGGAUCCUGUCUCUGGACUUCAACGAGAUCAGCGCAGAGCGAGUACAGUCUAUCCUCGAGUCGACGCAUCCGAUGCCACCGGCUGCGAGCGCCCAGCUCGCAGCUACGAUCAAACGAGUCCUUGGACCCGUCGCCACGGCAUGUCUUGCAGCUUCACCCCAGCUCGCGAUGGUAGCUUCAGAGCCCUCUGCUUCAGACGCAUCCUUCUCCUCGACAGACUCACACGAAACCACGACCUCCGCGUCUAGCUUCUCGGACCCAGUGACGAAACUCAUUCUCUCCCGCCUUCGCAGUCACGUCUUAUCGCGUCUUAGCGCAUCGAGUGCCUCUGAACGGGUGCGGGCUACCACCACGGCUAGUCAAAAUCUCGCUGGAGCGGGUAUGCCGGAGUUUGUUAAUGAGGUUGGGAAGUUGGUGGAAGAAUUAGAGAAAGUCCGGGAGGUGGAUUGGCUUUGCCACGGGGCGGUAUACGAGGGUUUAUACGAAGAAGGCGUUCCAGCACAGUGA